GUCUAUUCUGAGAAGGCACUGCCUCUGUAUCGUUGAAGACAUUGGGCACUACAGGAGAAAUGGUGUCCAGGGAUGAAAACCCCUCAAGAAAUCGUCUUCGAUAUAAAACACUAAUUUUGCUGAUGCUGUUCCUUGCCCAAGAGAGCUUGCAGGAUCGGAAGCACGUGAAACCCAAGGCCUUUGCGAAGUCUAUAGGUGGAGUAAAAUCUACGUCUCCGUUCAGCUCUCCUCGCGGAAACCGGUUCCCUCCUUCGUCACCAAGCAGACGGAGAAUCCCAAGGCAGAUCCAACAUGCUUCACAGGUUUCGCAUCUUAGCAAAGACGAUCUGAAUUAUCUGCAAAAUGGACCUCUUGAAGGUGUUUCCACGCUGCCUCCAGGUCAAUCCGACGCAAGAUAUGCUACUGAUGAUUAUUUGUCUCUGGAGGAGGAUAAGAAACUAACUCUUCGCCUUUCGUUGCCCUCCACUAAGUCGACAAUGUUUCUUUGUAGCCACCCACCAAGGGAAUUUUCCAAGCACUACUUAGGCGAUGCAAUGACGCUGAAUUCUGGAUCCGAAUGCUCAUUAUCAAACUCAAGGUUAAAGUUCAACCUCGUUGGAGCACAUGAGUUGUGUGAUUUGAUUUAUCAUUCUCUGUAUGGUACUGAUAUAGUGGGUCAUCAAAGUCAGAGAGAUGGCAAACGUUUCUGGUUCUACUACGAUAAAGAUGUGACUAGACUAUGCUUGCCUCUUUUUGAAAGGUUUGACAGCUGUGAAUUUCAUAACUUCUAUGCGAAGUGCGGUAAUAUCUUUUUUAUACAUACAAGUACCUGUCCGGUACUCUCAUCUGAAAAUCAAUAUGCUAUCACCCACGUUUUUGAAUACAUACUUGCAGAUAAAAAUGUAUGUUUGAAAAAGUUGUGCGAAGGUACAUAUUCUCUUUUCAAAUCGGAAACUCAAGGUCUAGAAUUCGUGCUAACUUGCAUGCUAUCAUCUGACUCAGAUGAAUUAUGUGAAUUUCUCGUGAGUACAAAGAACAAUUACUCCUACAAUAAUGAGCAAUGGCCUUGUUGCUACCCCUAUUAUAAUGUCCAUUGGUAUGACAGUCCAGAGAAGUAUGGGCUGAAUGGUGCCUGGAGUUUCCUGUCUCCUUGGUGUCGUGCAGCUGAGAUUGGGCUGAUAGUCAUGGUCUCAUGCGUGGCGGUGGGGAGCUCAGUGGGUAAUGCCUUGGUUGUAAUGGUUAUGGUCAGGUUGUGGCGUCACGAUGAAACGUCGAACAUGCUUCGCUUAAACUUGGCUUUGGCUGAUCUCUUUACUUCCAUAUUCACCAUCUGGCCAUCUCUCUACCACCAUAUAAAGCCCUUCGUAGAGCCUAUAAACUUACAAGAAAAACUUACACAUGUACGUGUUCGUUUGUAUAGUGAAAAGGAUUAUCAUUUAUUCCAAGGAAUAGUUUUCAGUUCUUGUACGGUAGUGUCGUUGCUAACUCUUUUUCUUCUCAGCUUUGACAGAUUUGUACGAACAGGUAGAGGCUUGGUUUAUAAUCACUACAUCACUCACCGAUCAGUAAAAGUCGUCAUCAUUUUCACAUGGAUUGUUGGUAUUUCAGAUGCAUUGUUUAUGACCCAUUUUAUGCAAGAAAUAGGCAAUGUCCAGUGGUUACCUAUGGUAAAGUUGCCAAUCGGUUCAUCCACUUACUUCUUUAAUAAGGCAUCAUAUAUUACAAGUGAUAUUAUCCAAAAGCUUACCAUGAUAAUAUCUAUUCCGUGUACGGUAGCAUUUUCCAUUUUGUCUAUCGUCAACUUCCUACAGGAACAAAUGCGGGUUAGUGCAGAAAGACAAACACUAGGUAUACGGGUUUUAGGCCCCCUUCACCAAGAAAAUCGUCACAUCCUUAUCACCCAGCUACUGAUGACCGUCUCCUUCUUGCUAGCCACAAUUCCCGUCGGUGUGGACUACAUCACAAACAACGUGCUGUACUUAUUCCCUGAGAUACGCGGUUUUGCCGGCUGCAAGAACACCAUACUGAUCACAUACCUUUCGUGGUGGUUGUUUGUGGCUAGUACAGCUUGGAAUCCUUUUAUAUAUAAUAUGCAGAGUGCACAGUUCAGGGAAGACCUAAGAGUCACUUUGCAGAGGUUUGUGCCGCAGAGAGUAAAGGCAAUAUUUAGGGAACAUGAUGAAAAUAGAAACCAAGUACUGGCUAGAAGAAGGAGAUUGUUAUCCCGUGUAGGAAUCACAGAUGGCUUAAUGGAGAGGGCAUAAGUCAGGGUUACAAAAGAAGUGAAAAGUUCCUGCUUACUUUACCUGGACAGGAGUUUUGCACUGGACACAGCUGUUAGGCAUUUUCUAGCGAUACUUGGAAAUGAAGUCAACAAUGCUAUAUUUUGCUUACACAGUUAAGUGUACUGUAUUUUGAAGCAACACAAUAUGUAAAUGAUAUUGUUCCCUUUUGCUGCACCCUGGUUGCAUUUUUUUCUCUUCAGUAUUUUGUAAUAUUUUUUGCAAAGAUGCAUAUU